AUGUUAUCAUUCACCCAAGUUGUAUUCAUUACAACAUCAUCACUUGAAUCAAUCUUACCAUCCGAUCAAGCACAACAUUUAUCUGCUAUCUAUCGAUUAAGUAGUGAUAAUGAACCCAUUCACUCAUUUAUUGGCUUAUCUAAACGACGUAUCGAUUCAAACAGUCGUGUUGCUUUACCAUUAUUUCGUGGAUCAAAUUUGGGAAUAUUUGUGCGUAAACGACCAUCUGACCAUUCAAUGAGAAGACGAAUAGAGACACGUUCACAAUCUGAUGAUUCAACAACAUUUGGAGAUGAAAUUGAUCAUUUUAAUGAUGUAUAUUUAGAAAACCAACGUCGUCACGAAUAUGAUGAUAGUGCAGGACCAAUGUUCGGAUAA